UGGUGGUGCGCGCAUGUGUAGGCACAGAUAGUGGCUGUGGUGCCACAGGUGCAACAGGUGGGAUAGGCAGGAUGGGUGCGACAGGCACAGGGGAAGUGGGUCACAGGGAGUGUGUGGUGGGGGCAGGAGAGCGAGGGGAAGUGGGGUAUGGUGGUGUGUGCGGGGGGGAUCAGGUGCGCAGUGCAAAACAGGAGGUGGUUGAUGGUGGAGUGCUCAGUAACGGAGGGCCUGAGAGCACGUUAAAUGGAGGUGCAGUACAGCAGGGCCAGCACUCAGGCUUCUUAAACCCUCUACUGAACCCUGUUUUGAACCACACUCUGCCACAUGGCCAGCUCCCGGCCUCCUCGUCAUAUGGGGGUGUGGUGUGGCCCAAGGGAAGUGAGAAGCCAGGGGGGCAGCAGCAGCAGCAGCAGCAGGGGGAAGUGAGCGGGAAGGAGAGGCGCAGCAGCAGCAGCAGCAGUAGCGGGGGCAGCAGCACGGGGAACCCUAUGGAAGAAAUUGACCAUCGUGACGCCUCUGCCAUUCGCCCUGCAAUUCCUCCUGCUUCUCCUGCUGCAACCGCUGCUGCCACUCUUGCUGCCAUUCCUACCAUUCCUGCUGCCGAUCCUGCCGCCACUCCUGCCGCCACUCCUGCUGCCACCCCUCUUGCUGCCGCCACUCCUGCCACUGCUGCUGGUGGGGCAGGCACAAUGGGAGGAGGAGAAGGCGAGGGCAUCAGUCAUGGUGAAAUCGCGGCUGCUGGUGCGACAGUGGUGGCUGGUGGCGGUGGUGGCGGGUCGUCCCAUGGGGCGAGAGGCCAAGCGGGCAAGGGAGGCGGCACUGCACGGGCCAUGGAGCACCCUCUGCUGGCACGCAUAUGGCAGCUGGCGGAGCUUGUUGCCACAGCUGAAGAUGAGACGACGAUUCGGCGGAUGUGUGAGGAGCUGCUGCCGCUGGUGAGUGCGCGGGGCAGUGCGGAGCAGCGCGUGGGGCAGUACUUCCUGGAGGGCCUCAUGGCGCGCAUCAACGGCGACGGCGCCCUACGCUGGAACUCCCCCGCUGUGCCGCCCCACGAUGACUUCAUGCGGGCCAUGUCGGACAUAUCAGCGUGCAUGCCGCACCACCACUUCCUUCUCACCGCCUGCAACGCCGCGCUGCUGUCCGCCAUCGCGCCCACCGACACCGUCGUGCACGUCGUCGACUUUGGCUGGUGGAUCGGCGCGCAGUGGCCCGACUUCGUCGCCUCCCUCGCUGCCAGGCCUGGGCCCAAGCCUCUGCUAAGAUACACCAAGAUUGAGUCGCCAGCGAGCCAGUGCCCAUGGAGAGUGCUGCCGCGAGUGCCGCUGGCGGACUGCAAGGCCAUUCUCACGCGCGCAGCAGCCAAUGCAGGCAUCCGCCUGGACUUUGCCGUGGUGGAGUGCUCCCUGGAGGCCAUCGACUCCCACAUCGCUCAGUACCGCCCGCCCCUCCGCUCUCCAGUUGCCUCCACCGCCCUUGGUGCUGCCGCCUCUGGCGCUGCUGCGUGCGCUGGGCCGGGAGAUGGCCGUAAGACGUCUCCCUCUUCUGCUGGUGUUGGUGGUGGUGGUGGUGGUGUUGGUGAUGUUGUUCCGUGGAAAAUGGUGGGAAGCAUGACAGAGAACAGUCUUGGCAGCAGGAGCAGCAGUGAGGGAGAUGCAGCAGCAGCAGCAGCAGCAGGAGGCAGGGGGGAGACAGAGGCGCUGCUAGUGCACGGCAUCAUGCGCCUGCACUUGCUCCCAGGGGGCUCAGUUGUGCGGCACUCCCCCCGCGACGCUGCUCUGCGUGCACUGCGCCGCCUCUCCCCCCGUGUGGCGGUGCUGGGAGAGCGCCACGUGGACCACGACGGGCCGUUCUUCCUCAGGCGACUGGGAGAGGCGCUGCCCUUCUACCUCUCCGUCUUUGAGUCCAUGGAGGCUGGGCUGGCCCCGCCGCGGCUGCACUCGUCCAGGGAUUUUAUCGAGAAGGCGAUUCUGGGGAGGGACAUUGUGAAUGUGGUGGCCUGUGAGGGGUCGCUGCGGGUCGUUCGGUCAGAGCCUCUUGACAAGUGGAUGGGGCGCAUGAGGGAAGCUGCGUUUGCCGCCCUGCCGUUUUCGGCACAUGCCCGGCACAAAGUGGCGGCUGCCAUGUCCAAGUUCCCCAGGGAGUUUGGCGUCCAGGAGCAGGACGACGGCGGGCUUCUGAUGACGUUCAAGGGGCAGCCCAUGCUGGCUGUUGGCAUGUGGAGGAUUGCUUGCUGACUUACUGGUAGGUACUUAUGGUUGAACUUACUGUGUUUGAUGAAGCUUGAUGAAGAUUUGCUCUCCUCGGGUGCAAGUUGUUGAACUCGUGUUUGGUGGGGAUGGGGUGUGUGCGAGGUAGCUAGAAAAUUGCUGCAAACGAGAACUUGACAUUGGAAGGAGUUGAGGAGAUAAGCAAACGAACGCUAGGAAGGAGGUGACUACCCCAAGAUUGGAAUGUGGGACAAUCUGAAAAGGGUGUCACGCCUUGUGCGUUAAGUAGGGUGCUCAGACUACAGUGUUUGUUUGUAAUAAGCUCUUGCAGAUGUU